AUGGCUGCGGCCGACUCUGAUGCCUCGGUUGGGGGUAGCCAUGGAUACAACGUUGUUGCCCGAGAUCACACACAUGAACGAAGGUUGGACGGCAUCACCGAUGAUGGCUACUCGAACCCUCUUUGGGAACAUUAUCAGCACUCUCAACACAAGAAACACUCCGCUGAUUGGCAUGGAGGAGGUUCUUCACGGAAAGGUCAUGGGAAGGGAAAGCAUCCCCAGCAGGAUGGUGGUCGACGCUCAUCUGGUGGAUCGCCCGGGAAUUGGAAAAAAGGAAGAGGUCGUGGUGGAGGAAGUAGUCAUUAUAAAACGUACACACCGAAUGUUGGGACUGGCAUGCUUAAUCGUGAGAAUAUCCCUGUCACGGACGAGGAAUGGGGAGAAGGGGCACUCAUACUUACCCAGGAGAGCCCAGCAGCACCGGCGGAGGGUGCGGAGAAAUCCAAGCUUUCUAAGGUUUCACACCAUGCCCCGGCACCACAGGAAGACGUCGAUCCCGAAGUACUGCGUGCUACCCUUGAAGCGUUGACAUUGGGAGGAUCGGUUGCGCAUGGGGGUUCUGUUCCUGAAGAUGACGCUUCAAAUACUGAUGCGGUUGAGGAUACAACCGAUGGACCACGACUGCGUGUGGAUAAAGAAGUAGGAAAGAGGCAGCGAUGCGUAUCAUUUGUCAUUAUGCUGGUCUAA